GGGUCUUAAAGCUUCUCGGCUAGUAGCCUUAGCCUUAGCUGGAUGUUUGUUUGUGUUAACGUUGCCCGAAACCUUAAAAAACACCACAUAAAUCCGUCAUAAUUUAACAUAUUUUAAAACAUCCACUCGUUGUGUUUCCCCUGAAGUCGCCGUCGGUGCGGUGUGAUCGCUGCGGCUGGGAGGGGACGGGUGAAGUUGCUCUCCGUGUAUCUGCAUUGCAGCCCCGGUUUGCUGCUGAUGGAAUUCAAACACACAACAAUGGCGACUCCCAGUCCGAACAACUCAACAACACAGAGCAGCCACAACAGCAGCAGCAGCAGCAGCAGCGCAGGAUCCGCAGCGUCCCACCACCACCAGUCCCAGUCCCAGCACAUCACCACCAUGAGCAGCAUGCAGGAGUCCAACACCUGCUGGAGAUGUCAGAGUGAAACAGGGUUUCAGAUAAACCUCUCUGGAGCUCCCCCAAGUAAACGCAAAGCCCUGAAGCUGAACUUCGCCAACCCUCCGAUCAAACCCACGACUAGAUUCACACUGAACACGGCCGGGCCGCCCUUUCAAAACCCGCACAUAGAGAGGCUGAGGACACACAGCAUCGAGUCGUCGGGAAAGCUGAAGAUCUCCCCGGAGCAGCACUGGGACUUCACCGCCGAGGAUCUCAAGGAUCUGGGCGAGAUCGGCCGAGGAGCGUACGGCUCCGUCAAUAAGAUGGUGCACAAGCCGAGCAACCAGAUCAUGGCGGUCAAGAGAAUUCGGUCAACGGUGGACGAGAAGGAGCAGAAGCAGCUGCUGAUGGACCUGGACGUGGUGAUGAGAAGCAGCGACUGUCCGUACAUCGUCCAGUUUUAUGGCGCUCUGUUCAGAGAGGGCGACUGUUGGAUUUGUAUGGAACUUAUGGCUACCUCGUUAGACAAAUUUUACAAGUUUGUAUAUUGCUCAUUAGACGACGUGAUUCCAGAGGAAAUAUUAGGGAAAAUAACUUUAGCUACUGUGAAGGCACUUAACCACUUAAAAGAAAACUUGAAAAUAAUACACAGAGACAUUAAGCCGUCAAACAUCCUCCUGGACAGGAACGGAAACAUCAAGCUGUGUGACUUCGGCAUCAGCGGACAGCUGGUGGACUCCAUCGCCAAAACCAGAGAUGCAGGCUGCAGGCCGUACAUGGCACCGGAGCGGAUAGACCCCAGUGCGUCCAGGCAGGGCUACGACGUCCGCUCAGACGUUUGGAGUUUGGGAAUCACACUGUACGAGCUGGCCACUGGGAGGUUCCCCUACCCGAAGUGGAACAGUGUGUUCGACCAGUUGACCCAGGUGGUGAGAGGAGACCCGCCGCAGCUCAGCAACUCAGAGGAGAGGCGCUUCUCCCCCAAAUUCAUCUCCUUUGUCAACGUGUGCCUUACAAAGGACGAGUCAAAAAGGCCAAAGUACAAAGAGCUACUGAGAGAUCCGUUCAUCCAGAUGUACGAGGAGCGCUCGGUCGACGUGGCCAGCUACGUGUGCCGGCUCAUGGAUCAGAUGCCGACGUCUCCCAGCUCCCCGAUGUACAUGGACUGAUAGCAGGACGAGACGGAAACACACCAAUAAUUAUUCACCAGUCUGCAACAGUAAAUACAUUUAAAGAAAAAAAAAAAAAACUACAAGAAAGUGAACAAAACGAAUCCU